GUAUUUUUGAUUAUUUUCUACAGAUUAUCAUGCCUCCGGAUGAACAAAGACUAUGUUUACCUUCUCCUGAUCGACUUAGCAACCUUGCCAUUCAUUUAAUCGAUGACAUUCUAAAUAGGUUGUCUUUUCGAGAUGUUGUAAGAACUAGUACACUUUCGAAGGAUUGGCAAUAUACUUGUCGUAGAAUUCCACAAGUGAAGUUUGAUCAAACAGUGUGGAAAACACCAGAGGACUUGACAUCCCCUACCAUUGGAUUUAUUCCCAUUCUCCAUAGUUUCUUCUUGAGGUUUCAUAUAGGAAUAACAUUGAAGGUCACCCUCGAUAUUAUUAGUCUAAAAAUAUGUCCUAAUGUUGAUCGUUUGAUAUUUCUCCUCGACACAAAAUUCAUUCAACAUUUUGUCCUUAAACUUCCAUUUACUUAUCCCCGAUACAGUUUGCCUUACUUCUUGUUUUAUUGUUCAGCAUUGAGGCAUCUGUAUCUCAUGGAAUGUGAAAUACAUGUUCCAAGUUUCUUUAAGGGAUUUGAUAAGCUUAUUAGUCUAAAAUUAAAAUCUGUCACGUUAUCUUCUGAUACGUUUGAAGGUUUGAUCUCUAAUUGCCCGUUGCUUGAGGAUUUGGUGCUAAAAGACAUACACAAUCCGUACCUCAUGAGUAUUAGUGCUCCUAAUCUAAGGUCAUUUGUCUUUCGUGGCGAUAUACAGUUGAUUUAUCUUGAAAAUGUCCCUCUUCUUUCAAAUAUUCUGUAUGAGCCUAGAGACUUAGUUCUAGAGGACGAAGAUGAUUUUGCUAAUAUUUUUUCGUAUAUUCCUGCUCUCGAGUGUUUCAGCUGGGAUCAUUUUGAGGUUGAUAUUGGAUCAACUGAAUUUAUACCAACAAGGCUUCCAUCAGCUCUUGACUGUCUGAAACGCCUCUUCAUAUCUUGGAUUACUCUUGGAGAGUUUUUUGAGCUUUCGUUUACUCUCUGUAUGAUACGAAGCUCCCCAAAUUUGGAAGAAAUUGAAAUUAAGGGGUGUAUCCUUAGUGAUGGGGAUUAUUUCGAAUCUGUGCCCCAGGAGGUUGUUGAUGAGAUUCCUGCAAGCUUUUCGGAUAUGACAUUUAAUCAUCUGAGGACAGUUAAGUUUUAUGAUGUACUAUUAGAAGAGGGUGAAAUGCAACUUAUCAAGGUUUUAUUGGCAAAGUCUCCAGCACUGGUGAAAAUGGAAAUCAAGCCUCGUCAAAUGGAAACUAAAAAAUCUCUCAAAUUACUCGUGGAGAUAACAAAGUUUCAACGGGCAUCAUCUAAAGCAGAAGUUGUGUAUCUUGUUGAUUAGUAUCGUUAUCACAAUCCUGCUUGAUCUUUGGCUAAAUUGUUUUGGAAGUGUGAACAGAAACGAAACGUUUGGUUGAUGGAGUAGUAAGGUUGUGUUUUGCCUUUGCUUUAAGGUACUAUUAAGUUUUUUUUCUGCUUGGAAACAUAGAAUUGUGAACCUAGAUGAAUGUUUUGAAUACUCUGUUUGGGAACAGAGAUGGUUUUUACAUUUCAUGCUUGUUCUUGAAUGAUGUAUGAUUUGAG